GGCACUUCUGGAGCCGAUCGCGCGUUUCUGGCGGACGGCAGUCGAGCCGGCCCCGGGCUGAGGAGGUCGUAAGGCCGUCCCAGCCCUCCUCGGAGCGGAGGCGGCUCCCGCGAGCGCGCGCCUAAAAGGCACCCAGACGCGCUUUGGUCGCGGAACGAGGCGCACGGCGGCGGAGCAUGCUGGCUCGCAAAAGUAUCAUCCCGGAGGAGUUCGGCCUUCCGGGGCUGGUGUCGCGCACGCCCCGCAAGCCGGUCUUCCGCGACCGGGUGAACAAGGCGCGCUUCAUCGCCAAGAACGGUUCGUGCAACCUGGCGCACAAGAACAUCCGCGAGCAGGGCCGCUUCCUGCAGGACGUCUUCACCACGCUGGUGGACCUCAAGUGGCGCUUCACGCUCGUCAUCUUCACCACCACCUUCGUCAGCAGCUGGCUGCUCUUCGCCAUGAGCUGGUGGCUGGUGGCCUUCGCGCACGGCGACCUGGACCCGCUGCGCCGCGACGGCCCGCACUGCGUCACCGCGGUCAAGUCGUUCACGUCGGCCUUCCUGUUCUCCAUCGAAGUGCAGGUGACCAUCGGUUUCGGCGGCCGCAUGAUCACCGAGCAGUGUCCCGCCGCCAUCACCGUGUUGAUCCUGCAGAACAUCGCGGGCCUCAUCAUUAACGCCGUCAUGCUGGGUUGCAUCUUUAUGAAGACGGCGCAGUCGAACCGGCGCGCCGAGACGCUCAUUUUCAGCCGCCACGCCGUCAUCGCCGUGCGCAACAACCGCCUGUGCUUCAUGAUCCGCAUCGGAGACCUGCGGAAGAGCAUGAUCAUCGGCGCCACCGUCAGGCUGCAGGUGGUGAGGAAGACGAGCACGCCCGAGGGCGAGGUCAUCCCCAUCCACCAGAUCGACGUCCAGACCGAGAGUGCCGUGGCCAGCAACAGCCUCUUCCUGCUCGCCCCGCUCAUCAUCUGCCACGUCAUCGACAGGAACAGUCCGCUGUACGAGCUGUCGGCCAUGGAGCUGCAGUGCAGCGACCUGGAAGUGAUCGUCAUCCUGGAGGGCGUCGUGGAGACCACCGGCAUCACCACGCAAGCCCGGACCUCCUACGUCUCCGAGGAGAUCCAGUGGGGCCACCGCUUCGUCCCCAUCGUGACCGAGGAGGAGGGCGUCUACUCGGUGGACUACUCCAAGUUUGGCAACACAGUGCGGGUGGCCACGCCCCAUUGCAGCGCCCGCGAGCUGGACGAGAAGCCGUCCAUCUUGAUCCAGACGCUGCAGAAGAGCGAGCUGUCCCACCAGAAUUCUUUGAGGAAGCGGAACUCCAUGCGCCGCAACAACUCCGUGCGCAAGGGCGGCGGCGGCGGAAGCUUACGGAGAAACAACUCCGGCAUGGUCUCCAAGGUCCAGUUCUUCACGCCCGCCGAGGGCGGUCAGAGCGUGAACGCCGUCACCUGACGCGAGGCCUGCGCCCGGCUCCUUUGCCUCCUCCACGCCGGCGUGACCUCUGCCCCCGUUAGACUUCUUCUUUACCUUCUCCUAACAUUUCUCCAGCUAACGCCGGCGCCGCACCCGCAAGGCUGAGGCGAGGGGGUUGCUUCUGGUUGCCAUGGUUACCCUUCACUCAGCGCUGAUGCAGAAAAAAAAUCAUUUUUUCAGGAGAAAAUGCUGCCUUUGUAUUCAAAAUCUACACUUUUUGUAAGAAUCAGUUUUGUCCAUUUAAAAAAAAUAAUGGAAUAUUUCAACUUUCUGAGCAGGAAUGUGAAUAAAUUAAAUAAAGGGACACAAAUUAA